AAGAUAUAUAUGAGUUACAUUCAUAAUUUUAAGGAAAAGAAAUAGUUGGUGUAUGCUCCUCGUAAUAUCAUCUUAUCUAUAACAACUACAAGAAGCUUACAUUGCUGCUACUAAAAUACAAAAUUGUUGGAAGUCAUUUUUCAAGAUAUCAAAAUGGAGUGUUCGCUGCAGAAACAGCUUUUCAACAACGGAGAUAAGCUCUUUAGUUCUCGACAUAACCGACGGGUUUCGAUAGAACAAGUCCAUGUGACAGAUUCUCUUUCCGUAAACUCGAUAAACCUGUUUCAUAAACCUAUAUGUUAUCCAAUAUCAUCCAUCAUCACUUCAAGAAAGAGCAAAAGCCAUUUUAGUGUUUGUGCAACAAGGAGAAGAAGGGUGCAUUCGAACUCGGAUACAUACGUACUGUUAGAGGCAGGACAAGAUGAGCAGUUUGUGACGGAAGACGAACUCAAGGCUAAGCUCAGAGGGUGGCUCGAAAAUUGGCCGGUGAACUCUUUGCCACCAGACCUGGCUAGGUUCGAUGACCUUGAUGAAGCCGUAGAUUUCUUGGUUAAAGCUGUAUGUGAACUAGAAAUUGAUGGAGAAGUGGGUUCUGUUCAAUGGUACCAAGUUCGUCUUGAGUAAUUAAAUAAACGUAUUAUGUGUUUUGAAUGUAACAAGCACAUCUGUUUAAUCUAGUAGUUUGGUUUGUUCUUUAAUAGAUAAUUGCUAUUGUUGUGGAUGUCAAAAUCUUGUGUGUUGGUUUUAAUAAUCGUCAAAGAGAAUUAGGGUCAUAGCUUUCGUAAAUAAGAAGACACUACUCGAACUAAACAAUAUGCGAGUUUGAUUCUUUCAUCUUUGAUAGUCGGCACUAAAUAUCCAAAUAAAAAUAAAGAUUUUUUAGUCUCACCUUUAAAU